CUUGAAAACUCCUAAUUCCUCGUGAGUUCACCGGUAUAUUUCAUUAAUAACAUUCUGUCAUUAAAAUCAUUAUUAUAGUAUAGUGUAAUCACCAUGUCCGCCUCACAAAUAUUCAAUCGUAUCGGCCAGUUCGGUUUGGGAGUUGCCCUUGUUGGAGGAGUCGUCAAUUCCGCCUUGUACAACGUGGACGGUGGCAACAGGGCUGUAAUCUUCGACAGAUUCUCAGGGAUUAAAAAGCAAGUAAUUGGUGAGGGCACCCACUUCUUCAUUCCAUGGGUGCAAAGGCCAAUCAUCUUCGACGUCAGGUCCAGGCCCAGAAACAUACCUGUAGUAACUGGAAGCAAAGAUUUACAGAAUGUAAACAUCACCCUCCGUAUCCUCUUCAGACCGGUGCCAGAUCAGCUGCCAAGAAUUUACACAAUCCUAGGUCAAGAUUAUGAAGAACGUGUUUUGCCUUCAAUCACCACUGAAGUGCUGAAAGCUGUUGUGGCGCAGUUUGACGCCGGCGAAUUGAUCACACAGAGGGAUCUGGUGUCCCAGAAAGUCAGUGCUGACUUAAAUGAGAGGGCUGCCCAGUUUGGAGUCAUCCUUGAUGACAUCUCAAUCACUCACUUAACCUUUGGCAGGGAAUUCACCCAGGCUGUUGAAUUGAAACAAGUUGCUCAACAGGAGGCUGAGAAGGCCAGAUUUUUGGUGGAGAAGGCUGAACAGACAAAGAAGGCCACAGUCAUUUCAGCAGAGGGUGACGCCCAAGCUGCCAAUCUGUUGGCAAAGGCGUUCGGAGAUGCUGGUGAAGGUUUGGUGGAACUGAGAAGGAUUGAAGCAGCUGAAGAUAUUGCCUAUCAACUAUCCAGAUCCAGACAAGUGUCUUAUUUGCCAGGUGGACAGAAUUUGCUUUUAAAUGUUCCUGCACCAGGAAAUUAAAAGUGUUGAUGUGAAUAAAAUUGUAGCAUUUAUCUGAGGAAUUUGGGGUAUACUAAAGUAUGUCAUUUUGUAUUAUACUGACCUUCAAUCAAUUUAACAUGUUUAUCAUAUGUUAGAGAAUUGUAUAUUUCAGAUGAAUCAGGUUGGGAAGAAUGAAGUGUAAAUGAUCUAAGUAUAUCCAAAAAUUUUAGUUUAUACUUUACUAAUAAGACAAAUUAUUGUUAUUGUUAAUAAAUUUUAUAAAAAAGUA